CACAAUCAAGAAAUUUGUCUCACAACCAGCUGCAGAGGAGCACACAGAGAUCGAGAAAAGAUGUUAAAAAUACUGAUUUCAGCGGUGGCAACAACCAGUGUCUUUCUAAGCUGUAUCGAAGCGCGUCCACUAAAUUCCACGUCAACCGCUAACAUAACAAGCCCCCAAAGAGGCAUCAUAUCAACAGCAUGUACACCGAGGACAACCAGAGAACUAGAGAUACAACUGCAAACCCACGGUAGCUUCAACAAGCGCUAUCAAGCAAUCACGAGAGACGCCGCAGCAAAAUUUCCCAACCUACUGAAUCAAACUGCACCCAACACCACAACAACGUCACGCCCGACAAGUCCCUUUCCUAUGACGAACCUCACGAGCGUUAGGACCAAGGGCUCAACCGAUCAAAAUGGCCAUCGCCGUCUAUGCACCGAGUGGUCAGCGGUCACAGUGUUAUCACCGGCUUAUUUCCCGCGCUACUUGAACGAGAUCAUCUGCGACACAAACGACAGAAGUUGCCUCAGUCAGAAGGGCCAGUGUAACCAAGGAGGCGUGAUAGUGGAUAUCUUGUACGACACUGGAAAGUGUGGAUCCGAUGGAAAACAGAUCUGGCAAGUUGUAAACCAGUGGAUUCGAUCUUGUUGUGAUUGCAUGUCCUUAAUUUGACCUUGGUGAAGGCAAUUAUCGCUUCAGGAACAGCUGUCCAAAGUAAUCCCAGAUUAACUAGCAUUUGCUUCAUUCUGCCCUAUAAUAGGUCUAAGAAACCAAUGCCGUAUUCUUAACUCGCAAAUCUACGUUUUCCGAGCCUGAAGUUAUCCAUAAGUAUUCAGUUAAUACCUUCAGCUAUCCUUGGAAUUUUCGGGAUGUCGACCUUAUUCAUAAUCGGUAGUGUUUCUACUAUUGCGACAUUCAACCAAAAAAAAACGCCCUAGUUCUAACCAACCGCCUAACAUUCAAUAGAUUGAGUCUUCAUUUCACUUACAAGCUCGAAAGAUUUAGUU